AUGGCGAAAGCUUCCCUCUGCCCCCCGGGCAGUGACAAUACAUUUGGCCCCCGUGUCAACUCCUCUUGUCGGGCUUUUGACUUCACUCUCUUGUUCGAGGAUGCCUUCUUCAGUGUGCUCCCGACAUCGUUGUUUUUGAUUGUUGUGCUGCCGCGUCUGCAAUUUCUGCGCAGUGCUCCAGUGAAGUUGGCGUCCUACAGACUCGCCGUCUGGAAACUGUCACUCCUCGUCAUCUUAUUCGCUCUCCAGGUUGUCUUCACCGCACUUCAAACAACAACGUCGGCCAUCCAUACGAAACUGUCCCUGGCAUCGGGACUCCUUGAUAUCAUUGCCACUUUCUCAGCGGCCGUCCUGUCUUUUGCAGAAGAUCAGCGUACCGUGCGACCGUCAGACGUUCUUGUAAUCUACUUUUCGGCUGCAAGCAUUCUAUACAUACCCCGCCUGCGUACGUUAUGGCUCAUUCCAUGCAUCACAGCCUGCAAGAGUCUAUGGACUGCCAUCUACGUCUUCACCUUAGCAAUUUUAAUUGUAGAGUCCGCGAGGAAGACAAAGUUCUUGCGGCGACUACAUCAGAACGUGACCCCGGAACAAAGUGGUGGAUUUUGGAGCCAGAGCCUCUUCAUCUGGGUCCUCCCGUUCUUCCACCAAGGCUACUUGAAACAUCUCCAGCUUUCGGACAUACCCGAGGUUGAUGAAAGCCUCGCUGGAUAUACCGCAGGGCAAAAACUUCAAACAGCAUGGGACAUAACCACAGCUGAUCGACGCCUGCUCUUCGCUACGUUUCGCGCGUAUAGAUGGUCCUUUCUGUCCGGCAUUCCGCCUCGUCUGGCCUUGACUGCAUUUACCUUUGCUCAACCAUUUCUCAUCACGACUCUCGUGGAUUGGAUGGGCGCAACUGCAGCACCAGCAAACUAUGGUCCAGCGCUCAUAGGAGCUGUUGUGCUCGUAUAUUCGGGCUUGGCGGUUUCAACAGCAAUAUACUGGCGUCAAAGGUAUCGUUUUAUUACUGCCAUUCGCGCAGGGCUUGUCUCUAUUAUCUAUGCCGCGACGACGGGCUCGAAAAGCGUUCAGGCGAAAGACAUGGCAGCCAUCACUUUGAUGGACACCGACGUGGAACGGAUAGCAUCGGACUUCAGAUUCGUACACGAGAUUUGGGCAUCAGCCUUAGAGGUUGGAAUUGCUCUCUGGCUAUUAGAGCUACAGGUCUCUGUCGCGUGCUUGGUCCCAGCCGUCAUAUGCCUAGGUGACUGA